CGGUUCAUUGAAUAAACGAUACCCUACGUCCUGGUGUAGUUGCAAUCGAGGAGCAAUGGUGCUUGGAGUAUCUGGAGUCUUCGAUGUUUUGGGGUCCUCAAUUCACCAUUCAGAACACAAGAAAAACUGCCAAUGUCGGGGAAUAUGAACAAGGAGGUUAUUCCCUGUCGGACUGCUUCAUUGAAAUUCACAAUUGACAAUAUUCUUAGUCUGAAGCAAAACAACAACAGCAACUUGGAUGCAUACGACUCAAAAGUGCAGAGCGACGCCGGCUGUACAAAUAUUUUUACCCACCGAUAUGAGCACUACGACGUAGAAAGAAGGCAUGAUUCAAACUACACACACACCGAGACAGCGCAAACAAACAGCACCCGCCACGAUGCCUCCACUCGUGCGCUUUCUGUCUGCGGGGAGGACGUCAAGGCGACGAAGAUGAUUGACACUUGUCCAAGGACGGAGAGCACUAGCAGCUGCGACGAUGUACCUGAGCAACAUAAAGGCAACUCGAAAACCAAAGCAAUGGCAAAGAAGAAAACACGCACUAUAUUCUCCAAGAGGCAAAUUUUUCAGCUGGAAUCUACCUUUGACAUGAAAAGGUACCUGAGCAGUGCAGAACGCGGGUGUCUGGCGAAUUCAUUACAACUUACCGAGACCCAAGUGAAAAUUUGGUUCCAGAAUCGUCGGAAUAAAUUGAAGCGACAGUUAUCCACGGACAUUGAAGGACCAGUUCCAGUCGACCACUUUUCAGAUGUCGGGAAAAAUGUGCAAUUACCAACUCUUUACAAAGAUAGCAACAUAUUGGGCGGAUGUUUGCUACCAAUGCCUUUCCCUGUUAUGUAUCCAGGAAACAGCGCGCCUUACAUUUAUUUUUCAAAUGCUGGUAAAUAUUUUAGCCUUUUCGAUGCAGACGGAUGACUUUUAGGGAUGUAGCCUACUCUGGAAUGCGCUACCCAGUCGACAUCCAUGGCAAUCCAAAACGUUUGAUUGCCAUGGAUGAACCCACUGACACAUGGUAGUAACGUUUUACUUUUGUACAUUUCAUUUUGAAGAAUGUUAAUACAAAUUCAGCAUCACUGAAUAUGCCACAUUUCUUCCGUAUACAUAGAUAAUAAUAGGGCUAUUCAGUUUAUGCUGGCUUUCACAAUUGCAAACAAUUAAGUUAAUACAAAGUUAUAUGGUUUUGGGUGAGUUGAAAUAAAGAUUAGGGCCCAAGGGGAGCCUAUAAAGUCGGUGUAGCCUACACGUUAUUAUUUUUUAAAUAUUUUUUAAAUAUUAUUAUAAAGUAUAUUAUAAUGAUUAUUUCUACUUUUCCCACAGCUAUUUCAUCAAUGAUUACGCACCAUACCAAAGUAUGAUCUAUGCAUGCAUUAUUGUUAUUUGAU